UGAAUGUUAUGUAACCGUCGUGUAAGGGAUUGUGCUUAUAGCAGUUUAAACAGCAGUUUAAUUACAUUGAAGAUAAAUUGUUUGAUGUUGAAAAGUUUAAAUGGAAAGCAUUGUUAGAUAGAAAUACCUCUAUCAGAGGAAAUGGUGGAAAAAAGCUGAGAACUUACAGAAUUUUUAAAUCUGAUUUUUGUACAGAUAAUUAUUUGAAAAUCAAUAUACCUUUUAAUUACCGUUCAGCUUUUACAAAAUUUAGAUGCGGUGUUGCACCAUUACGAGUUGAGACGGGAAGAUAUUAGAACUUAGCACUAGAAAACAGAUGGUGUCUUUAUUGCCAUAAUGUUGUAGAAGAUGAAAGGACGUACUAUAUCAUUGCCCACUGUACAAUGAGUGUAGAACAGAACUUAUCUCUGUAAUAAAUAAUAUGCCAAAUGUCAGUUAAUAAAAUUUGUCAGAUGAGGAAAAAUUACUUGUGACUUUAAAAAAUGAUAACAACGCAUAUGUUGCUGCCAAAACCUGCUUUAAGAUUUUAUAUGAACAAAAACAAUUUUGAUACUCUAGGAAAGCAAACACAACAUUGGAAUUUCUACUAAAUAUUUUGUUAAUUGCUUUCUUUGAUACAACAACUAAAACCAGCAAUGGGGCAUACUUUUGCAGUUUCCCAAAUUAUAUUUAUUAUUUUAUUUUAAAAAUGUUGAAAACAUUUAGGAAUGGUACCUAAACAGAGUAAAACAAGACACCAUUGGUUUUGAGCUAUUACAAAAUAAGCCAAUGAAUUCAAAACAAACCAUGUUAAACAUACUUAUAUAUUCUUUCUCUUAAGAAAAACUUUCUAUAAAGAAAAUACCAAUAGUUUAUGCUGCACCUAUAGAUACUUAGUUUUUGAGAACUGUCAGAUAUUGGAUUUAUCAAUAAACUUUAAGGUAAAUCAGAAGCAUGCUUGUAAACAGAUAUCAUGAUUCACCCGGUUUUCAGAAAAUGGUUUGUCCUGGUGUUAUCAGCGAAACUUCAAGCCAACUUUAUGUACAUGGUCUUUUUGUAACUUGACUCUGGACUUUGUACUGUGUAUUUAAAUAUGGUUGUGAGAUUAAACAUUUAUUAACAUUCAGCUAUUGCAAGGUUUAGGGUUUAAAAGAUGGUUUAACAUACUUAUACUGAAAACUGAGUGUCUCUAAAUAAGUAUCAAUUUAAUUCACAGCGAAGGGAUUAUAACAAUAGUGAAUACAUAGCUUUUCAAAACAAUAACAAUUCACAAUAUCUAUUUCAAAAUGGCAACUUCUAUAGGAUCAGUUCAUAACAGUUCAGAUUUAGUGAAGGACUAUGUUUGUGGCGCUUGCAAAAGUAAAAAUAUUCAAGACAUUGCUGAUUAUUUCUGUGCAACAUGUUUGAAGUUUUUUUGCGGAAAGUGCAUUUUUCAACAUGAUCAGUUAUAUGCAAAUCAUUCCAAAUACGGAAGAGAAAAUACAAAUAAAUGGCCUCUCACAAAGAAAAUGGAAGAUUAGCUUCUUAAAUGUGAUGUCCACAAGGACAAGAAAGUGACAAUGUUUUGCCAGGACCACAGUCAGCUGUGCUGCACUGAUUGUGCUUUUCUGAACCACAGACAGUGCACUGAUGUGGCUCUAAUUACUGAUUCAGUCAAAAAGAUGUCAGUGGAUAUGCAACAGCUGUCGAACAGUCUUCAAUCUAUUCUCGAUGAACUUAAUAAGUUAAAAAGUGCACAAGAGGCCAGCAUGCAGUCUGUGGAUUUAUCAUGGAGUGAAAAACUGCAAGAAAUCCAAGACCUGCGAAAGAAAUUAAAUGCUGCUCUGGAUGAAUUAGAAAAAACAACAUUGAAAGAACUGGAUGAAAUUAGGGCCACAUUGCAAACCUCUCUCAAGAAAAAUGUUGACAACUGCACCAGACUGAAGGAUGAACUGAAACAACUCAGUGAAGCUGUAAAUGCCCUUUGUGAUAAGAGCAAGAAAGAAAUUGAGUUCAUAGCCAAAAGAAAAUGUCUGGACAAAAUAAUGGAGUCUGAGGCAUAUCUGAAGGAAAACCCUGUGAAGUUGCAGAGUUCACUGAUGUUCCAGGCAAACAUUGACAUUGAGCUGUACCUGUAUCAACGGGCAAGUCUAGGCAGGAUUGUAGACAGUACUCAGUCGCUCACAGUCAAGAUGAAUCCAGACCAGGUGAUGACUGUGAAGAGGAAAUCAGAGUAUAGUGUGAGAAUAUCGAGCGACACAGAUCUGUCUUGCACACUUAGUGGCAUCUGCUGCCUGCCUAGUGGCCAGGUGAUUGUUACAGAUUUAGAUAAUCAGAAAGUGAAGCUGUUAGACCAGCAUUACUGUGAUGUGUCUAGUGCUUCAAGGGAUGUUUGCCAAAUCACAUCCAGUGAGGUUGCUGUAACUGUUGAUCAAAAUGUCCAGUUUAUCUCUGUGAGCGAUGGGGAGCUGGUGAGUGGGAGGAAGUUCCGGUUACUGCAUGCAGCAUAUGGUAUUGCCUUCCAUCAAGGAGCAUUGUAUGUCACCUCUGGCACUGCUCUGUACCACUUCUCUUUGACUGGAUCACUUGUGAAAAUGCUUUAUAUGGAUGCAAGUGACUCUUAUACAGUGUUUAAAUGUGCAGUGAGUCCUGCUGGGGACAGGAUCUAUGUCACCAACAACUCUCACCACAAGCUGAUCACUCUGGCUACAGAUGGCACUCUUAUAUCCACCUUCAAGGACCGUGAACUACAAGACCCAUGGGGUGUGUAUGUAACACCUGCAGGACAAGUGCUUGUUUGCGGAUGCAAAUCAAAUACUGUCAUACAGGUGGAUCUAGAGGGAAGAAAGAAACUGGCAACUCUAGUGUCAUUGAAAGAUGGAGUACUCAAGCCAGUGUCUGUAUGCUACAACACCAAAACUGACCAGAUAAUUGUGGGACUAUAUGAUAACACCAAUAAAAUCAUUGUUAUGGAAUUGCAAUAGCUCUACCAGUGGAAAAAAACAUCAAUAUAAACACGGUCAUUACUGUAAUUUCCAUGUUUUCUUUGAAUGGCAAAUUUAGUCAUAGAACUUCAUAAAUUUGAAUAUGAAACAAACACUUAUUUUAUCUUUUGAUGUCAAUAAUUGUUCUAAAUUUAAAUUUAUUUCUAAAUGUGUUGUUUUGAUGCCCAUAAGAUUGUACCAUAAGAAUUAAACAAGCAUGCAUUGUAACUAUUUGUAAUGUUGUUCACAGAUAAAAACAAGUUGUGGUCCAUUUGCUCAGGGCGAACAACAUUGCCCCAGGCAGGCAAGUCAAUACUUGGUAGUUUGACCGAGCAAAUGGCUUUCUUUAAAAAGCUUGAAACAUUUUUCCCACAGUUUAACAGUUUUUAACAGUUUAUUCUUUAAAUGAAUGAAGAUUUAGGCCCAUUUAAGGGCAUAAUACAUGGAUUAAUGUCGACAAAUCUAUAUUAUUGGCGCAUUUUGUUUUCUUUAAGUAGGUAUUAGAUACUUAACUCCUGUACUUGGUUCUGUGGGCCUUAUUAUUUGUCACCAACCAAAGAUAGUUGCCAGACAGGGCAACCUACCAUAAAACAUUAGUUUCUCACCAUGCUUUUUGCAGAUUAGUUCUUAAGUCUGUCUUCAUUUUAUAUGUCGGUUGCUUGGGAAACUAAUGUUAUAAUUUACAUAAUUAUAUUUCUGUCAUUUGUGCUAAGGAAUGAAGCCUGACUUAACAAAUGGAAGGGGGUCUAAAAAUGGACAUGACAACCUCUUUCAAGAAAAACCGUUGUAUGUUAAACUUUUAAUGAUGUGCUGUUUCCUCUGAAUUACUUAUAAAUGCAUUCAAGCAUCCAUUGAGCAUAUAUUCCAUGAGUCAUGUACAUUAUUACCAUUAUGUUGAUACUUAUACCAAGGAAUGAGGCAUGUUACUCUGAUAAUCAUCAAUAGCCAAUACAAACAUGUAUAGCCUAUGGGUGCUUCUGUAUUUAAAAGGAAAUUGACAAAUGUAAGCUGCAAACAUGGAUGGGAUAUAAAUAAAUAAUGGGGACGGAGCUUUUUAACCAAAACACAAUUUUUAUUAUCUAUAUUUUUCUUCUAUUUAUUUCCUAAAGUUCACAUACACUACAGAUACUUUACAUUGCAGUUUGCAGGAUCUACUGAUCAGAAUUCUGAAAUAUCCGGAUCCCAAUAUAACUUUUCAGGCCAUUCAUGUAUAUAUGUAUAUUAGACCAGUUUGGCUAUCUACAAAUGUAUUAUAUACCUACCUUUCUAUUGUUGCAUCCAUGUAUUUAAUAUUUGUCUAUGAAAUAAUAUUUUAUUUAAUUAAGCACUUUUUGAUGAGUAUGAUUAAAUUGAAACUCAA